GAUCUCACUCAUCUGUCUCUCUUCCCCAACGACGUUUCUGCCACCGCAAGCAUCAGUAGCAAGCCUAGAUCUUAUUCUACUAGCACCCAGACUCUCUGUAGACUCCAAUUUCUGCUGCAUACAGCCACCCAGUUAGCGCAGCCAUCUGUGAAUUGCGCCCGUAACUCACGACUUGUACGACCACCACGCAGUUUCCUUGCUCUGACGACUAUCUAUAAUGGAGAAUUAUGCAAAAAUCGAGAAGGUUGGAGAGGGCACGUACGGUGUAGUAUACAAGGCACGGGAUGUAAAUACUGGGAGAGUGGUAGCACUCAAGAAGAUAAGGCUCGAGGCAGAAGACGAAGGUGUUCCCAGCACGGCCAUCCGCGAGAUCAGUCUUCUCAAGGAACUCAAAGACGAGAAUAUUGUGCGCCUACUCGAAAUUGUGCACGCCGACCAGAAACUAUAUCUCGUUUUCGAGUUCCUUGACAUGGACUUGAAGCGGUACAUUGAUCACGGCAACCAGCAUGGUUCUCCCAUUACACUUGAUACCGUCAAGAAAUUCACGUACCAACUGACUUCGGGUCUGCUGUACUGUCAUGCUCAUCGAAUACUUCAUCGUGACUUAAAGCCGCAAAAUUUGCUCAUCGAUAAGGACGACAAUCUCAAGCUCGCAGAUUUCGGAUUAGCUCGAGCGUUUGGUAUCCCUUUAAGAACGUACACGCACGAGGUUGUUACAUUAUGGUAUCGCGCACCUGAGGUCUUGCUUGGCUCGCGACAUUAUUCAACCGCCAUUGAUAUGUGGUCGGUCGGGUGCAUUUUUGCUGAAAUGGUCUUGCGAGGAUCGCCUCUUUUCCCAGGUGACUCAGAAAUCGAUCAAAUUUUCAAAAUUUUCAAACUCUUGGGCACUCCGAAUGAAGAAACCUGGCCGGGCGUCAGUCAAUUACCGGACUACAAGGCGACAUUCCCGCAAUGGUCCGCUCAGAGCCUUUCACAGCAUGUAUCUCACCUUGAUUCAGCAGGCGUCGACUUCUUACACAGCACAUUAAUUUACGAUACUGCUCGACGUAUUUCCGCCAAGCGAGCACUUAAACAUCCUUACUUUAAGGACUACACGCCAUGACGUGUUCGAUUCCGUAGUCGCAAUCCCUUCCGCAUUCACACCUUCAUAUCAACGUACUCGCAUAAUUCGCUGUAGUCGCUCCAGAUCGCAAUUGAUAUGUAUAACAUCAUCAUCGCUCUCGUUUCUGACCCGGUUCGCUCACGACUGGUUUGUUUGCACUCGUGCCAUUUACAGUUUUCUUUUUUCCCCUUUACUCCGUUGUCUGCUACGUCUUGUCAUGUCUCCAGUACGAGUUCCUGUCCUGAUGAUUCCGAUGCCCCUGAAUCUUUUAAUGUAAUGAACUACCACGAAUUCAAGAACUUCAAUUUCCCUUGUGCUGUCUUAUUAAGAUCCGUUCUACAUGCCGUACACAAUUAAAAUUAAAUAAUAAAAUGAACGGGUUC